ACAGAUAUUCAAGUAGCAACGGGAGUCUUUCAGUUGUUCAGGUUUUGUCCUGCCCAUCCAACUGCCCCUUGGUUUCCUGUUCGAUCAACUUCAAUUGAUAUACCCAGCUUUCACAAAAAAUACCUUCCGAUUCUCACUCAAAGACCCCAUUGUAUUCAUAUUAGGAAAUGGCAGGCAUCUUAGCGCUUUCAGAUGAUAUCCUGGAUGUGGUCCUCAAACACCUAUUGACAAGAGCAGAUGUUUCGUUUAUUCCGCCUUCUGUUGAACCGGAGCGUGGAGAAUGGAUUCAAAGCAUCGUGUCCAAUAUGCUCGCAGUAGCUAAGCUGAGACUCGUUUGCCAGAAAUGGGCUAACUGGUUAUACGAACGUCAUCUGUAUCGCAUGUUAUCCUUCAAGAGUUCUGCACAAUCAAAUGCUUUUAUCAAUCAACUCGAGCAACGUCGAUCGAAGAAUGCAAACCUUCCACUACCCAGAUGUCGUUAUCUGAAAGUUUCCGAGCUCUGGACUUGGGAAAAAUUGCCCCCCUUGUACAGAAACAUGAAGACCGAGUUUAGCAAUCUAGAUGCCUUGCUUGACAAAUUCUCCGAGACGAUCUUCACACUUGACCUCGAAGUGAUCAAUUUUUUCACCCUUCCGACGGCUACGAUCGAACGGAUAAGUCGGAUUAAAAACUUGCGUGCUCUAAAACUUGGUAUCAAGUUCACCAAGGGCACCAAGUUGAGAGGAGCCUCAGUCGACAGAGUCCCAAACGACCUCCCACUCGAUUCCGAAUGUCUGAGCUCUUUACUCAAAGCGGUCCCAGAGGUUGCAUUCGUCGAUUUGACCGACUUCCGUCCGGUCUGUUCGCCAUCGAUCCUCGUUGAAUCUCAUCUGGCUGAACAUCAAUUCUCGAACAUUACGACUUUGAAAAUUGAUGUCAAAGUGGAAGGUAACCUGGACCAAUCUGGGAUUGUUUGUUUGGCGGCAAAGCUACCGAAUCUCAAGAGGCUUUCGAUCGGCGGGGCGGGUUAUGACGGUCAAAUCAUCCGCCCAAUCUUGGAAAUUCUCAGAGAACGACUUGAAGAACUCGUGAUCACCGAUGCAAGGAUCUUAGAGCCCAUCCAGACCUUAAGCUUUCCCAAACUACGCCUGUUCCGAUUGCACGAUUGGGAAAAACGUUCCCGCGAUCUUUUGAAGAAUAACAUGUUCUCAUCCGAUACAUUAGAAGUCCUUUCGUUUCACUCUUCUCCGUUCCACAAAAAGAGAGAAGCCUUUCUAAAUAUACCCUUCGACAGUCUCCAUUUGAAACGACUCGAAUUCCACUACACUUCGCAGUCCCCACCGCCGCGAAAUUACGAAAAACUCUGUCAGGAUCACGCUGUCGAAUGCGUAUAUAUCUAUCAUGGCGAUAUUAACAUGAGAGAAGAAGAUAAUCUGAAUUUCGACCUUCCUUCUGCUUUCAAAACAGGGCUUAAAUUUUAAAAAAUUUGCUGAGUCCAUUCUGAUUAUGAGCACUUUAUGAAUUGAUCUUGGGUCGGUCUGUGACCCGCAAGUUUUGUGCUCCAACAUAAAACUAUCAAGAUUUUGAAUUGAUCGCGAAAGUAAUGAACUAUAUAUGUCGCAUUUGUUCUGUAUCAUGAUCGCUCCAUCUCUUUCAUAUCUUUUUCCUCAACUGUGACGUAAGGACUCCCAAACCUAUGUUUUCUAAUCAUACACACAGCAUUCAAUCAAAAUAG